UUGCAUUUUUAUAGCCGAGUCCAGUGCAAAGUUAUGAGACUUGAUUUCUCUCUCUAGAAUAAUAAAUGGCCAGUGGACUCUCCUUUGAUUCAGAUCACAACACAUUACUAUUUCCACUUUCCACCACCACCGCCUUCAUGGACAACCACCCUCCACCACCGCCACCACCACCCACCACCAUCCAAUUCCCCAUCAACCUCAACUGCAACCGUGAUCAUCAUCAACCUAUUGACUUCUUCGCAUCCGAUCAUAAAUCUCCUGGUGUUACUCAAUUGGAUCACAAUAUCAACACUGGUUUGCACCUUGUGACCGGAAACACAAGCAGCGAUCAGUCGAUAGUUGAUCAUGACGACGAAACAUCUCCGAAUCCUGAAGAUAAACGAGAUAAAAAUAAGUUAGCGGUAGCGAAAGCGGAAUUAGGGAGGAUGAUCAAUGAGAAUCAGCAGUUGAAAGAAGUGUUGAGUCAAGUGACGGUCAAAUACAACGCGCUACAAUCGCAUUUCGCGACAAUGAUGCAACAAAAUCAAGCUAAUGAAGGAGGUGGAGGAGGUGAGGAUAUGAUUGCACCGAGAUCGUUUAUGGAUUUAAGCUUAGGAGCUUUGGUUGAAGGCGACGAGAAUUCACAGUCGUCGGAAGAGGGGAGGAGGAGUGACGAGCAGUCGCGAUCACCGGAAGAGAGCCAUGAACAAGCUAAUAAGGUUCAAAGGUUGAAUUCUUUGAAGAAUAGUGCUAGCAAUAAUAUUGAUCAAGCUACCGAAGCGACUAUUCGAAAGGCUAGGGUUUCUGUUCGAGCUAGAUCCGAAGCUCCAACGAUUGCAGAUGGAUGUCAAUGGAGGAAAUAUGGGCAGAAAAUGGCGAAAGGGAACCCGUGUCCACGAGCAUAUUAUCGGUGCACCAUGGCCACCGGUUGUCCGGUUAGGAAACAGGUGCAAAGAUGUGCAGAAGAUAGAACAAUACUAAUCACAACUUAUGAAGGCAACCACAACCACCCUCUACCGCCUGCCGCCAUGGCGUUAGCCUCCACCACAUCAUCCGCCGCGAGGAUGCUCCUCUCGGGAUCCAUGCCGAGUGCGGACGGCCUCAUGAAUUCAAAUUUCCUAGGCAGAACCUUCCUCUCUUGCUCAUCAAGCAUGGCCACCAUCUCAGCCUCCGCCCCAUUCCCCACCGUCUCCUUAGACUUAACCCAAACCCCGGACCCGUUACAGCUCCAGCGCGGUGGAGCACCGUUCCAAAUUCCGUUUAUGAACCACCAGAAUCAAAACUUCACUGGUCAAAACAAUGGGCUAGGUUUAUACAACCAAUCAAAAUUCUCCGGGCUCCAAAUGUCACAGUAUUUGGAGGCUGCUGCUGGCGCUAGCGCUAGCUUGCAACAUGGGUCGUCACCGUCGUCAGCCGCUUUGGCUGACACGGUGACUGCCCUUGCUGCUGAUCCAAAAUUCUCUGCUGUUCUGGCUGCUGCUAUUUCCUCGGUUCUUGGUGGUGGAAACACCAAUAAUGGCAAUAGUAACAUCAAUGGCAGUGCAACUACUACUAGUGAUAAUAGCAAUGGUAACAAUUAAGUCAACUACUUGAGUUUUUUAAGGGAAUUAAUUAGUGAUAUUGGAGAGGUUUUAGUUUUUUCUUUAGAUAUAGUUUAUACAAUUAGCUUUAUUUUGUUUUGGCUUUUUGGGUUGUUUUUUGAGGACUUAUAGGUUUUUUCAUUGUUUGUGGUUUUGAGAUUUUGAAUUAGGCAUGCAAACUCCUUUUUCUAUCUAUCGUUUUAGAAGAUAGAAAUAUCAAUAAGAAAAUAUUAUAUUGAUUUUUU